AGCUACCAUGUGUGCUGAAUUUUAAGGGAUAUCUUGGAGAAUUGCAUGGCGGGAAGCUCUGUGGGGACAGUAAAUAUGUCAUCACAGAAAACAUGUGAAGAUUAUUUGCUUUUUCAUGGUGAAAGUUCUCUUUCAGAGGGGAUGCGAGCUUUUUUGUAUCUUCUAGCUCUUGCUUAUUGUUUCAUGGGGUUGUCUGCUAUAACUGCUCGUUUCUUCCAGUCCAUGGAGAAUAUUGUUAAACAUACACGAGAGGUUGUGGAAAUAGAUCCGGUAACAAAUACUAAAGUAAUCAGACGAGAAAAGUUUUGGAACUAUGUGAUUGCAGAUAUUACUUUACUGGCAUUUGGGACGAGCUUUCCACAAAUUUCUUUAGCUACGAUUGAUGCCAUCCGAAAUAUUGGUCAGCUAAAUGCAGGAGGUUUAGGGCCAGGAACACUUGUAGGUUCUGCUGCGUUUGACCUAUUCCCUAUCCAUGCUGUUUGUGUCCUAGUCCCAAAAGCUGGUUCUUUAAAAAAGAUAUCAGAUGUUGGUGUUUGGUUGGUUGAGCUGUUCUGGUCAUUUUGGGCAUAUUUUUGGCUUUAUAUAAUAUUAGAGAUUUGGACACCAAAUAUGAUCACCCUCUUGGAGGCCUUAUUGACAGUUUUGCAGUUUGGAAUACUUUUGCUCCAUGCAUAUGCUCAAGACAAACGCUGGCCGUAUUUAUCUAUUCCACUGGCAAGAAGUGAGAGGCCAGAAGACUGGGUUCCAGAAAAGGGCAGUGUACUUGAGUGUGAAAAUAAAGAUAAUGCGUUCUGUGAGGUCCUUCAAGUUAGUGAGGGAAACGAUACCAAUAUUGUUGAUAUAUUUUCUAUCCAUUCCAGUAAGGACCCAGGUCCAAGCUACCAAACAAUUCCAGAUUGUGAUUUCAUGGAAUCCACUGCAUCAGUUUCAACUGUUAAGAUAAUUGAAGAAAAAUUGAGUUUGUUUGCUGCUUGGAAGCGACAAUUUGUAGAUGCUGUAACAUCAGAGAGUAAGACAUCAAAGAAAGCGAGUAAUAUCCACCAGCGAAUUGUAAGGUGUAUCAUGAGAGCAAUCCUUGCACCGUGGAGAUUGCUAUUUGCUUUCGUGCCUCCUUAUGAUAUUGCUCACGGCUGGAUUUCUUUUAUUUGCUCGCUUCUUUUCAUUAGUGGAAUAGCUUAUGUGGUUACGAAGCUUACAGAUCUAAUAAGCUGUGUUACAGGCAUAAAUUCUUAUGUCAUCGCAUUUACAGCAUUAGCUAGUGGUACCUCAUGGCCUGAUUUAGUUGCCAGUAAAAUUGCUGCUGAGCGGCAGAUAACGGCUGAUUCUGCCAUCGCAAAUAUCACUUGCAGUAACUCGGUCAAUAUAUACAUUGGUAUCGGCGUCCCGUGGCUAAUUGACACCGUAUACAACUUUUUCGCGUACAAAGAACCUCUAUAUAUUGACAAUGCAGAAGGCCUCAGUUUUUCCCUGCUCGUCUUCUUUGUUACUUCUGCUGGAUGCAUUGCUGUCUUGGUGCUUCGACGGCUAACUUUGGGCGCUGAGCUUGGUGGGCCCCGGCUGUGGGCUUGGCUGACAUCAGCAUACUUCAUGUUCCUGUGGGUUGUUUUCGUUGUUUUAUCGUCGCUUAAAGUUUCAGGCAAAAUUUGAUUCCCCUCCUCUGUUUUACCUUUUUUUUUGGGCUAAAUGAUCUAUUUUCUGUGUUCAUCAAAUCAUUAUUCAUCGGGAGAUUGAUUGGUUGACGGUGCAGAGCAGAAAUAAUGUAAAUAACCAUCAGUGUUAUAAAGUGACUUUUUUUUUGUGUGUGUAUGACGGAAACAUUGAUAUUUGUGGUUUGAUUUGGUUGUCAUUAAACUGGAUGGUACUACACCAAGUUGUAUGAAUUUGUAGGAGUAUUUUGUUUGCUAAA